ACAGAGCACAGCAGAGUAUAUGGUUACUAUGUUGUUGUUGCAAUAGGAAUUGAUGGUUGGUUGCGGUAGGUAAGAAGAAAAGCAAAGAUGGAAUUCGCAGGAAAGAGCCAAGAAGUAAGCAAUGUUCGUAGAGAAAUCCAAAUUGAAGCAAAUAUGAGAUGGAUAAGCUGGCAGAGUGGCAGAGUGGCAGAUAUAACAGCUGCUGGAUAUGUUGUUGUUCUGCUAGCUGGUGCUACAGCUGGAAGAUGGAACUGGAGCUGGAGCUGAAGCCCUCCAAUUCCACAGCAAAGAGACAAUUCCACCAGAAAGUGAAAUUCGCCAACCGGAACUUCCGAACAGCACAAACCGACCCGAGGUUGAUUGGAACACACGUGCACAGUGGGGUCUGGGUGACCCGGUUCGGGGAGCAGCGUGCUGCUGAUUCGGGAAUGCGCUGGAGCUGCACGCAGAGCCCUCCAGCUCCCUGCCCUCAGCUCUGUUUUUUCUUUCUGCUUUUACUUUCUUAUAUCUCGCUGCUUCUGCUAUCCAUCCUCCUCCUCCAGCUGCGUCUCCAGCUGUGUCUCCAGCUCGCUUCUCACUCAUCCAUGCUUGUCCCAGCUAUCCUGCUCCGCUUCCAUCCUUCCUGCCCAUCCCAACUGUCUGCUGCUACAGGAAAAGAUUCAAGUCACAAACUCCCUGGCUUCCAACUGUCUGCUGGUUCGUCGCUUACUGGAAAGAAAAAAUGGCCUUGGAGAUCUAAAUUGGCUUGGGAUAAUUCUGCUGGUGGUCAAACAUAGCUCAGAAUCCUAGAGCCUGUGUCCCUGAAUGCUGUACCAAGAUAGCUCUCAGCUGCUGUGCUUUCUCUGUGUCGCUGCCAAAGGCGCCAGAGCUGCCCAGUGCCAGUUGCACCAGACUCUCCAGAGUCCUCAGAGUCCCCAGCAGCAGCGGCAGCAGGCUCCAGCCCACAGUGUCCAUCCCUGUCUGGCUGCCUUGUUCCAGAUUGCUAUUUUAGAGUGUGACUAGGCUGCAACACGUCUCAAAGUGGCCAGGAUGUUAGGGUUGUGGGCUCAGUUAGGAAGGUCAGACGCGUCAUGAAUGCAAAAGUCUAAAUCGGGCACAUUCGCAGGAAAUUUGGUGCAAUC